UUGAAGUUUGGUUGGUUUGGUUUGGUUGAGUAAUUUCUCAAUUGUGUGAUUAUUUCUCAUUUCUCAAUAUUCAGAAUCAUUUUUGUUCUCUUUUAUGUGAUUAGUCACUUAAAAAAUUAUAAUCUUUCCUGCUGUUAAAAGUUCUACAAAAGGAAGAUACUAUUUAGGUUAUAUGUAGUAGUUAACACAACGCUCAACUUCGCUGGUUUUCAGAGCAUACAUUUUGAUCUCAGGUCAGCAUUUCGGCUUAUUUUACUCGAGCACGAAAAUGCUAUCAGAUGAAUCAAGCAGUGAUUCAGAGACAGGUAGAUUUAAAGGUCGAUCAACCAACCAAGAUGAACAAAAAAGAAGUUCUAACCAAAAAGAAGACAGUAGUCGUUUUCCAGGAAGAAGUAGGCCUACAGAAAAUGAUAAGUUUAGACGAGAUUUCGAAAGGCAAAAAGAUAACCGUGACCGCUUUAGGCAAGAUAGGGAUAGGUAUAGGUAUUCUAGGCAUUCACCAAUUAGUAAAAGGAGAUACUCCAGAGAAAGAAAUUCACCUAGACCACGUGAACAUUAUAGGCAUGGAAGAGAUACACGAGAAAGGCCAAAGCCAAUAGAACAUAGAGGUUCUAGUAGAGAUAGGCAGAAAAGGAGUAGAUCUCGAUCAUACAAGCCGUUAGAACGCUCAAGAGAUAUAAAAGAAGAGAUACGACGAAGUCUCGCCCCUAAUGAUACAAAGGACAGUCAUUUAAUACGAGAAAAAGACAGAUCUAGAGAUAAAGAACCAGUUAAAAAAGAAAAAUCUUUGUCACCUGAUCUGAGAGCAAAAAGAUCUGAAGUGCAUAGACCCUCACCAGUACCACCUCGGAAGAGGAAAAGCGAGAGUCCAAUUGUUAUAGAACACAGUGAUGAAUCUGAUGAGGUGAAGCCUGGUUCCUAUUAUAGCAUGAUACCAGCCAUUGUUAAAGAAAAGUCAGAAGAAUCAAGUGAAAUAGACUCCUCUGAUGAUGAGAAAUUGAGAGCAAAGCUUUUAAACUUAGAAAAAGAGCUUCACAAAACCAGAAAGAAAAAACAUAAAAAGAAGAGUAAGAAAAAGAGUUCCAAAUCUAGCAGUCAUGAUAAAGAGCAAGAAUCAGCAACUGUAGAAGUGAGCAGUACAACUGAUAUUCAGGACAACAUCAGAAAGGAUGAACAAAAAACUAACUCUGAAGUGGCUGAAGUUUCAUCAACACAAAAGAGUAGUCAAAAGGAAAGUUGUGAAGAAGGUGAAAUAUCAAGUGAUGAUGACAGUAAUUUGGAAUAUGAUCCAACUGAUCUAAGAUACAAAUUGAAGAGAUCUGCUCCAAAAAGAGACCUGAGUGCGGAAAAGGCUAAUGUGUGUGGACCAGCAUUGCCUCCGCACUUGCAGAAAAGGUUUGCAGGCAGUAGCAGCUCCGAUGUGGAGGGGCCCGCUUUGCCACCACACUUAAGUGGUUCAAGAAAUUUAGGGCCAUCUAUACCAGACGACAUGCGUAAAGUUCUAGCAAACACUAAGCAAGCAGAUUUAAAAUAUGAGAGCUCAGAUGAAGAUAUUGGGAUCGGCCCAUUGCCAACUGGGGCUGAAGAGAAAUGGUCGGAUGCACAUAAAAAACUUGAAGAGCGGGCAUUAGAUAUGAAAAUAAGAAAACUAGAAGGGCAUUCUUUGAAGAGUGACCAGGUGAAGUCCCGUGAACAGUGGAUGUUGGAACUGCCUGAAGGCAAAGCAAAGUAUUUAGGCUUGGAGGCUCGAUCUUUUAGAGCUAAAGAGGGUCCUGACAUGUCAGAUAGGUCAAGUUGGACAGAUACUCCAGAAGAGAAAGCUCGCAAAGCGGCCGGCAUCGCGAAGGAGGAAGACGCAGAGUUAACUCUGCAGAGGGAAGCUAAAGCUCGACAGAUCUCCAGCAGGGAUGAACAGCAAGAGUUGGCUGUUAAAAAGCACAAAAAGAAGCACAAGAGAGAUGAAAGUCUUUUGGAUAUGCAUCAAAAAAAAUUAAAGAAGAAGAAAAAGAAGGAAGAAAAAGAAGAAGGCAAGAAGGAACGACGUCCAUUCAGCAGAGACGUCGACCUGCAAGUGAACCGCUUCGAUGACGCUCAGAAGAAGUCCAUCAUAAAAAAAGCACAAGAAUUGGACACUAGAUUCUCACGGGGCGAAGCGAAGUUCCUUUGAUGUAUGUACGUCUAACAUUUUGAUGGAUUUAAUAUGGAUAAUGGAUUUAAUUUAACUUAGUGAAAGUUAUACCCUCAUAUUCAGAUUAGUGGUACUAACCAAGUUAAGUGGAUCCAAGGCUCGGAAGCGGUAAUACAAGCAGGAAUACAUUCAGACGAUGACGAUGAAGAAAGAAAAUCAGUUUAACGUUUUGGUAUUUAAAAAGAAGAUUAUAAGGGCCGGUUAAAAAGCGAAACACGGAUAGCAUUGCGGCUGCAGUUUUGUGUAUCACUAUCAUUUUGUGUGUCACCGGAAAAUAACAAGAACCGCAAGUUUAUAAAUUUUCUAGGAAGUUUAUAAACUUUCGUAGGAUUCUAAAUGAGAGAUGAAUUGUAUUAAUUUUUGUCCACAUUUCUUUAAAUUUAUAAACUUACCGAACUCAGACGUAAAAUAAUAAGUAAGCAAUAAAUAAUCAAACGACAUGUAACGCUCUGAUUGGUAAGUUACAUUUUCCUUUUCUUUCUCCUCUGCCGCCAUUGAUCGCUACGGAGCAUAAACAAAUCGGUUGCUUGUGUGUUUUUGUAUAGACCCUAAUGAGCGACAGAGAAACUGCUUCUAUCAACAUCGACCAAUCAGAGAGCUAUGCGUUAUUGGCCGUAUUUUAAAGAAGCGUAAAAUUAAAAGUUUGUCUGUUAUUGGUCGAACCGUUUAGAAUCUUACGAAUGGAUAUCCAUAAGUUUAUAAAUUUAGCAUUCUCAUUUAAUUUCCUUGUACUGUAUCGUGUUGCUAUUCAAGAACUCAAGGAACUGCACCUGAAGUACACCUAAACUUUAUAUAUAAUUUUGCGGAAGCAAGUUAAGCUAGGUAGUUUAAAAUUUACUUUUUUACAAUUUUAUAAUUCUACAAAGACACUGGAUCAAAGCAAUAUUUUUAUUGGUGUAUAAAACUUCAAACUUUCCUUCCCUUUUAUCAUUAGUUCAUUCCCUAAAUGAUAGUAGUCGUAUGUAUCUAAGUAGGUGCAAUUGUGCAACAGAUCUCAUAUACUGUCUCCCAACUAACAAAUUUUUUUUAUUACAGAGUAAUAAAAAAAAAUGGUAACUAAAGAUUCAAUGUUGCUAAUUUAAGUUUUAUUAUUUUGAUUCACGUCUACUGUAAAUUUAAGAAUAUUCUGCAUUUAAGCAGUUUGUAUAAAUACUAUGUGUUGAUGUUCCCAUAAGUUAUGGCCAGCCAUGGGAUAAUAUGAACUGCGUCCUUCAUAAAUAUGUUAAAAUCAUUUGAAUGAAUAUCCCAAGACUUUUAUAAAAAAAAAUUGGCAUUUUAAUUAAAAAUGAGUAUAAAAAUAUUUACUCUAUGCAUUUUAAUUUGGGUUUACUAAGAGUAAUAUCGGUUAAAUCACUAAUUUCCUUUCAAAAUUAGUAUAUUUUAAUUAACUUUUAGUUUUAGGCUAUGUCCUGGAUUUUUUGUUCUACAAUAAAUAAUAAAGCCAAGUGUUACGGAUUAUUGAAAUGUAAAUAUAUGUA